AUGUCUCCAAAAGAGGGCAGUAAAAAGCUACGUCUCCAAGAGAGGGCAAGACCCUUACAGAGACCCCUACAGAGACCCCUACAGAGACCUCUACAGAGACCCCUACAGAGACCCUUACAGAGACCCUUACAGAGACCCCUACAGAGACCUCUACAGAGACCCUUACAGAGACCCCUACAGAGACUCCUAAAGAGACCCUUACAGAGACCCCUACAGAGACUCCUACAGAGACCCUUACAGAGACUCCUACAGAGACCCCUACAGAGACUCCUACAGAGACCCCUACAGAGACUCCUACAGAGACCCUUACAGAGACCUCUACAGAGACCCUUGCAGAGACCCUUACAGAGACCCCUACAGAGACUCCUACAGAGACUCUUACAGAGACCUCUACAGAGACCCUUACAGAGACCCUUACAGAGACCCCUACAGAGACCUCUACAGAGACCCUUACAGAGACCCCUACAGAGACUCUUACAGAGACCCCUACAGAGACCUCUACAGAGACCCUUACAGAGACCCCUACAGAGACUCCUACAGAGACUCUUACAGAGACCCCUACAGAGACCCUUACAGAGACCCCUACAGAGACUCCUACAGAGACCCCUACAGAGACCCCUACAGAGACCUUUACAGAGACUCUUACAGAGACCUCUACAGAGACCCUUACAGAGACCCCUACAGAGACCCUUGCAGAGACCCCUACAGAGACCCUUACAGAGACCCCUACAGAGACCCUUACAGAGACCUCUACAGAGACAGGCUUAA